UUCAAACAUGAAGAUACUGAGGAACCAACAGACCUGGUGUCACUGAAAGAGGAGAGACAAGAAUUGAAUGAAAUGGAAGAGAAGGAUCAGUGUGUGGAACUUAGUAAUUUUAAAACUGGAAAAAAAAACUUAAAGACUGCAAAAACUUCCUCACGAAAAAGAGCCCAGAAGACCAAAUCUAACACCUGCCAUCAGUGUGGAAAGAGUUUUAUACAUAAACAAUCUCUUAAGGCCCACAUGAGAAUUCACACUGGAGAAAAGCCUUUCACCUGCCCUCAGUGUGGAAAGCGUUUCGGACACAAAGGGAACCUUAUGAACCAUAUGAGAAUCCACACUGGAGAGAAGCCUUUCACCUGCCAACAGUGUGGAAAGAGUUUCGGACACAAAGGGAACCUUAUGAACCAUAUGAGAAUCCAUACUGGAGAGAAACCUUUCACCUGCCAACAGUGUGGAAAACAUUUCACUCAAAAAUGGAACUUUAUAAAACACAUGAGAAUUCACACUGGAGAGAAGCCAUUCACAUGUGAUCAGUGUGGAAAGAGUUUCUCACGAAAAGGAGACCUUAAGCUUCACAUGGUCGUUCACACUGGAGAGAAGCCGUUCACAUGUGAUCGGUGUGGAAAGAGUUUCGGACGUAAAGUAAACCUUAAUCAACAUGUGAAGAUGCACUUCUGGAGAGAUUUAGUUUUAGAGUUUUAGAUGUUGUCAGUAUGGAAUAAUUUUCACAGACAGGAAAAACCUUAUGCAUCAUGUAAUAACUGGAGAGAAGUGUGCCAUCACUAUCUAUGUUUACCCAAAUAAUAAAUUAGUAAUCUGAAAAGCCAUCAUGUAAACGCAUCAAUCAGUCUGACUAAGCUCGAUCCAAAUAAAAUUUCGAUUGUAUUGAAGGCGGGGGGGGGAGUAGACCUGACUUAAUUUGAUCAGUACACAGCAAAAUCAUUACUGUUAUAUUUCCAAAGACAGUGUAAAAUACACAGUGUUGGUGUUAGUUUGACAUUCUAAGUUUAUAA